AUGGCAGAUAGUCCACCAGAAAAGCGUCGAUGUACGAAAGAUGAGAAGAUGAAAGAUAGGGGAAGAGACAGUGAUAAGAUGGAAUAUGCAAGAACGGGUGAUAAUGAUGUGGAAGAAACGAAGAAAGAUGAUGAUAAUGAUGAUUCUAAAUUAUUGUCACAAGCUAUGGAUGAAACAAAUUGGAUUGUUCCGACUCAGCCUGAUAAAGUAUCAUUUUUGUCGGAGAAUUUGAGAGAAGGUCUCCUGAAACCGUUUGAUGAAAUACCAUUUGCUGGAGAUGUAUAUAUGCUUACACAAGAAAUUAACAGAUUAAGAAAACAACUCGGCGAUUCGCUUGGAGAAAAUCAAAUGUUAAUAUAUAAAGUUAAAAAUUUGAAUCGUGAGAAUGCAUUGCUGCAGGAUAAUCUGAUUCAAGUACAUCAAAGUUUCGAACAAAGGUUUCUUGAGCAACAGAAUGACUUUGAAAAGACUGAGAGAGAUAUGCGAAAUGUGAUUACUUGUCAGGAACAAGAUCUAAGAACAAAAGAAUUCAGGGAUCGUUUGAAUAAUUCUGCAUUAGUAGCUACGAAAAGUGGUUAUGUCGAGUUGACAGAAACAAAUGGUGGUGUACAUCAAGGCUCACCUGUAAUUCGACUGAAAAAAGUUUCCGUACCAAAUUUCCGACAAGAGAAUUGUUUUCCGAGAACUCUAAAUGAUUCUCCAAUACUGAAAAAAGCUUUUGGUCAUCGCAGAUUAGUCUUAAAUGAUACUUUCCAUGCGAUUGAUAGUCAAGGAAAAUGUAUUAACAAUAGUAUGUUCAAUAAACACGACAACAGUAACACUGAGGCUAAUCGAAUUGAGCAAAUUUCUUCAUGGCCGGAAAUGCAAAUUUCGAAUCCUAAUUUGUACAGUUGUCUUCUGUAUCUUCGUCCAGAUAAUCAGCUUUCUCAACUUUACGGUAUAUGUGACGAAAUGACUGCACUUGACUUCCGCACGAUUUUUCCAGAAUUAGUAAGAAACCGUGAGUGGAAGACCACUCAGCUUAUGCAUAUUGUUCUUGUAGAGCCACGAAAACGAUGGUGCCGCUAA